AUGAUCUCUCGUCAGACGUUUCGAACCGCCUUCGCCCGGCGAUGCUUCGCUGCGACUUCCGGCUUCCGAAGCUACGCCAAUCAGUCGUCGGGGAACCCGAUGCUGGAGAUCUUCAACCGCCGGACAAAACAUCAGCAGAAGGACCGGGCUGCCCGGAAUGUGGAGCAAAGUCGAGCGACGGAUUAUUUAAAAGAUGAGGUUGCUUUGCGAUUAUGCGAGCGCCUACUGGACAUCAAACGCGACUUUCCUAAUGUGCUUGAUCUCGGCGCCAACAGUUGCAAUAUUGCGCGAGCAUUGACGACACCGAAUCUGGACGUUGCGGCGCCCGAAGACACUCCCUCACCACCGCUGGCGGAACGGAUUUCCAAGUUGACGUGCGUGGAUACAUCGCAUGCGCUGCUGCAUCGGGAUGAAGAGUUACCCUUCAACAAGGAGAUCAAUCUUCAUCGCGACGUGAUUCCCGACCUGGAGUCGCUGCCUUACGAGGCAAACACAUUCGACGCCGUUUUAUCCUCGUUAUCGAUUCACUGGAUCAACGACCUGCCCGCAUUGCUGGAACAAGUGAACAAGAUCUUGAAGCCGGACAGUCCCUUCAUUGCGGCAAUGUUUGGUGGAGACACUCUGUUCGAGCUACGAGGAUCUUUACAACUUGCCGACAUGGAACGCCGUGGAGGUGUCAGCCCACACAUCUCUCCGCUCGUCGAUGUGCGAGACGUUGGCAAUCUCCUGAAUCGCGCCGGAUUCAAGAUGCUGACGGUUGACGUGGAGGAUAUUGUGGUCGAGUUCCCAGACACCUUUGCCCUGAUGCAAGAUCUACAGGCCAUGGGCGAGAGUAAUGCCAUCAUGCACCGUGAAGCGGGGCCCAUGUCGCGAGAUGUUUUAUUAGCCAACGAGGCCAUUUAUCGAGCCAUGUACAAGGAAGACGACGCCCGCGGCAUCCCGGCAACUUUCCGCAUGAUCUAUAUGAUCGGAUGGACCGAGGGAGCGAAUCAGCCACAGCCGCUUGCCCGUGGAAGCGGCGAGCUGAAUAUGAAGGAUCUCCUAGGCGGCGGUGACUUUGUGCACGUCUAG